AUGGAGGCUCACGGAGUUCCGCUUGGCACUCUCAAGCAGUGUCUGCAGUUCUUGCAAUGGCUGCAUCAAAGUGCUGCUAAGCAAGGGGAGGUGGCCCAAAGUUUGUAUAAUCGUAUUCAGCAGUAUUACACUGCCAACUAUCUUAAAAUUGAUGACGUUAAAAAGGGCUUGUCCCCAUUCCUCUCCGCCGUGUCAAAGUUUUAUGAGAGGUUAUGCAACGAUCCAGCUGCAGGAAACUAUAACGACAAGAGUGCAGAACAAAUAUGCAGUGCUCUCCUGGAAUGCACUCCCAAGUUCCUCGCUGCCAUAUACUUUUUAGAGUACUGCAUAAAUAAUACCUUCGGAUCUCUGGGCGGCGGUGGUUGGGAAAAGGAUUUUCCAGGGUGGGAAGAGGAUCGGUGGUAUUUCGGGUACCCUCAGUCCGGCGGUGACCUGCAGAGAUAUCUCAGAUCCACUGUGGACGAAGGUAAGUACCACAAUAUCCCAGGGUUGCUACCCGGUGGGUUCGGUAAAAACGAGGUGCAAUACAGGACAUUUUGGUAUAGUUACUACCAGGGUUAUAGCAUGGCUGGAGACCUUGCAAAUAUAGUGAGCAAAGGGAAUUACAAUUAUUUCCGCAGCGUGUUUGUCACUUCCGCUGUUGCAGACACUGGCACCCAUAGGGAGAACACUGCGAACGCUCUCUCAUUGGUGAGAACCUUUUGCGAUAUUGUAAAAAAUGAUACGUCAAAGGACGGCGGAAGUCUGAAAGCAGCGUUGGAAGCUGGCCUUAAUAAGUUAGCCACCAAAAAAUCCAUAUGCUGGGAUGACCUAAAAAAGCAUUGCACUCAGCUUAGAACAAAACUCGGCACACUCUUCAACACUCAGAAACGCUUUGACUUCACAGGCCAAGCAACGGAAACCAAAAACCUCAAUAAAGAUGAGUUGGCGAGGCACACAGCAAAUUGGUUGAGAGAGAAUCUGAACCAAGUGAGGGGGAAAUUGCAGAAUAUUAAUACAGAUGACAGCGUCUUGAAAAUGCAGCAAAAUCAGCUUGGAGAUUAUUUCACGAGAAAUUUCUUCCCAUACGGAUUCAGGUUUAGAGAGCGCUUCCAUUUGUCGGACAGUGAUGUGCGGGCUUUGUUGGGGGAUUUGUCAAGUGUAAUCAAUGAGCUUAAGAGAGGGACUGACGGCGAUUUGGAUAGGCUUAAAGACAUUUUGAAUGGAACGUAUAGAAAUUCGUGUCCAGACGCCCCCAAGGAAGUUGUGGCGGAAAAGAAAGUUCCGGUUGUGCCGCCUAAAAAGCCUGAGGUCCCGCCUGCCAAGGUUCCCGACGGAACUCCCAACCAGGGGAAGAAAUCUGAGGGAGCACAGAACCAGGGCAAGAAAUCUGAGGGAAAUUCACCUUUACCAGAGGUGAAGUCUGCUGUUCCAUCUCAGCCUCCCAGUAAUCCAGGAGCCUCAGGCCCCCAAGGGCCUAAAGGUCCAGGUCCGUCAGUCACAUCUGUUGCAGCUUCUGGUCCAACUGGAACUACAGACCCAGCAGGGUCUCCGCCUUUUCCUGGAGCCAGUGACCAGGGUCAGGAUCCGUCGAACACUGCUGCUCCAAGUAUACACCCUGCUGCCUCUUCAACUGCUGUGCUCAGUCAGGCUCCGAGUGCUUCAGGUUCAAGCCCUAGGCCAACUGUUGUCCACGGGGCUGGUCAACCAGGUGGUGGAGGGGCUGGACAACAAAGUGGUAAACCAACAAGUCCUAGCGCCGAUCACAAUUCAAGCAGCGUCGCUGCUACGUCGGUUGUCCCGGCGCCUGGUGCAGGUGGGAGUGGAGCUGGAGGAGCUCCGCCUAAACGUUCGAGGUGUCCUAAUGGAGUUGAAGAAAUUACUGUUCUUAAUGACCAAGGUUACAUUUGCCAGCCAAAAUCAAUCAUGCGUACUCCGUUUCUGUCUGAGGAGACCCUUGAUGACGUAUGGGAAUCCCAAAAGAAAACAUUGACAGAAUAUAAACCAAAAUCUUCUAAAACUCUCCAAUCGACAAUUCCUCCCAACCUACGAAAUCCUCCUAGCCGUCCCGUUCCCGUUCCUCCCCUUCAGCCUACCGAUGGCCGGCGUGGUCAAGGGCGUCCGCCCGUUGAGACACAGGAGAGGGAUGCGGAGGAGGGGAGUCAGAAUGUUACGUUUGAUAUAUUUGCAGAUAGUACAGUGGUGGAAGAUAUGUCUUCUGACCCGAUGUUUGAAGCGGACUCCAUUCCAUCAUUCUCUACAACUGGGCAGGAGUUGCCGGAUACACUACAAGCAUUUCGGGAUGGAGAGGUAGACUUUAAAUCUCAAGAGGCGUUGCGAACCAUCUAUGAACAUAAUGAAAAAAAAUUAUACAAGGCCAAUUUAGAUGGGUUCAAGCCUCAUGAAAGUUCGCAAAAAGUUGGUUGGGAUGAGGCUGUUGAUGCCAUGAUUGAUCUCGACGGCGCACCGUUGCAAGAUUACUCCCACAUCAAAGAGCAAUCGAAUUCUGUCGCCAAAAUUCAGAACGAUCUGGCAAAUGUUCUGGAUGCGAAGAGAUACAGAGAUGAGCAACGCGAAUGGGAAAUCGCGCAGAAGGAAAAAGAGCUGGAAGAGCAGCGUAGGAUUGAUGAAGAGGAUUGGAAACAGAAGCAAUUAAUGUCCAACGCAAUAGAUCAGCAAAAGAAACACAAAGACCUAUUUGGAGGGGGCGACGUUGAUAUUAUUCCUCGAAGCGUUAGAAUUGAGGAUUACGAUCACGUGCCAACUACCGAUAUCGAUCUCCGCAUCUCCACCCGGAAUGUUCAUCCAGUUGCCGAUGCUGACGCUCUUGAUAUUCCUAGUCAGCAUGCUCCUCACUCGUCUGAGCCUCCAGUAUUCUUAGAUAUCGUCCGGCCGACAAAACUAACAGAUGAUGAGCGGUUUCGACCCCCAGACCCAUUUCAGGCCGCUGUGGUAGACAUGGAUAGCUUCUUGGACCCAAGCAGCGUAGAAAUAUCUCAACCACCUGAAAAACAAAAUUUGGAUCGGACAGAAGAGAGUGUAUAUGGAAAAGAUAUAUAUGAUGAUGACCUCUACAUCGACGUCCCCGAUCGCCCGCUGCAGGAUCCCUACGGUGCCGCUGAAGGCUUUUCGGGCCUGCCUAAUACCAAUUUCGAUUUGGACUUUGCGCCUGGCACUUUCGGAUUUAAGGACUAUGAGGAUCCCGGGAUCCCUCGUGACCCCGACAGGAAGACGUCGGGGCGUGACAUUCCCGCAUUUGCCACUCCAGAUCAGUGUAGUAACCCCUGGUACGUCCCCGAUUCCUCCUCCGCUACCGUCAUUCCAACCCCCUCCCCUCCCCCAGACUCGGACCACCUGCCCCUUCUCAAGACCGUCAGGGAGAUGCUCUACUGGUUUGUCGGAUUGAACCAAAAGGGGUAUAUUAGUAAGAUUAAGGAGCACGUUGAAGGCAUUAUUAAGGACAUCAGCAGUGAUGCUUCCCAUCCUUCAGAUGCCAUAGAGGUCACCGGGGAUCCCACUCAGCUGACCGCUUCCCAUAUCUCCAACACUCUGACACAGGCAUGCCUCUACGCGGCCAGCGUUCUCCACAAGAUUAAACACAAAGAUACUUCUAAGGCUAUUUUAAUGUCUGACUUCAGCUCAGAAUAUUCCAAGUUGCGUUAUUCCUCAGACCCCGCCUGCCUCCUCUGCCAGCUGCGGGACUACGUCUACGCCUGCUGCCACCAGUUGGCGUUCCUAAAGUCGCAGUGUAAUCGGAACUCCACGCAAGGCGGCUGGCGAGAUUGUCAAUACGGCCGUGAUGCCAAGAUGUCCCCCCUCCAGGCCUUCCUGACUGACGCCCCCGACUCCAAGUUCAAGACUCACCCCUUCGAUCCGCGCAAUAUCUGCUGCAAGAGUCGUGUCAGGAUGGGAUUCAGGGAGAAGGAUUUGCCUGGAACUCACGAAACUGGCGGCACCCUUUCCACCAUCCUCUCUCCCAUCUGUGGCGGUAAUGACCCCCUGCUGACAUUGUCCUACCUCAACUGCCUCACCAGGCGGACGCCGCGCACCACCGGGGAGCUUGUAUCGUUCUUCCACCAUUUCGGGAAUUCACUGCACAGGCAUCCUUCAACGUUGUCCACGCUGGGCUCCGCCCUCUCCACUGCACAUGACGACUGCCCUGACUGGGACUUUCUUGGGGAGGAAGAUCUACAAGCCGUCCAGGACAUCCGGGGCUCCGCCCCUCCCAACUCCAACCACAACCACGACCAAGGCCAUCCCAAUACCCUGUCCACGCUGGUUGGCUGCGACAUCGACAACUCCAACUGCCCACAACUCAUGAAGACCAUCACCUACCGGGCCUACACCCUGUACUCCCCGGACUUCGUCCACGACUACCUCAGCUGGACGGCCUACCUGGCAGAAAGACUUCGAGAGUCACUGCUCAGGCUGCACUAUGAUCUCGAGAACCUUCAAUGUCACGACGAUAAAUCCCUCCAUCAGAGUACCAAGGCACUGCCCCUCCUCUACUAUCACGGGUUCACGCCACCGUACGGGAUGCUGCAGCCGCCACUCUCCUGUUCCAAGGUCAUCGCCAAGUUGAAGCAAGUGGUCGCCGGAAAGCCUAUCGCAAGCCUCAUGACCUGUAUGGACACAUUCCUCUGGCACAUCCGUGCCCCCUUCCUCUACACCAUCAUCACGCUCUGGCUCACCGCCACGCUCUACAUCCUCCACUCGCUACUCUACCGCAUGGACGUGCUGCGCAUCCGCUCCCACCUACUCACCACCAGGGCCUCCCACCUCGUCGACGUCAAGGCGCUGCUCGCCGGCAGCCGCAGGAUGCUCUCACUCUACAAGGACGUCGACUACUUUGACGACGGCCCUUUAGAGGUGCUUGACAUCAGAAAAUAA